AACUGCUGAAUACAGCUCAAGCAAAAAAACUGGUGCAGAGGAAAAAUGCAGCCACGCGAGCGUGAUGAUGCUGCACUUUACGACAUCGCGUGUCCGAGACGUCUGAGCAGCGGAGGGGAUUCAGAUCGAAGUGAAUAGGGGACAGGAUUAGAUCAGCGCAUUAUCCGUGUUGGCUAGUGAAUAGGGCAAAAAAGCGGAGAGAUGCACUGGUUCGGUAGCGUUACGUGUUUUUUGUCUGCUCUUCUCUCACUGCUUUUAGUAGAGCUGGCUGCAGCAUCUUCAGAUCUGUUUGACAGUGAGCUGGGAGACAUCAGCUACUGCAAAAAGCAAUGCCAGAUAACCAUAAAAAACAAAAACGCUGUAAAAGACUCUCUCAUGAAUGCAUGCUAUCGUGGAUGCCGUCUGUACUCUAUUUGCCAGUUUGUGAAUGGAAAUGGAUUCAACAACAGCACUGAUGAAUGUCAGGGAGCAUGCCAGGAAGCAUACAGCUUGUUACUUGAGCAGAAAUCUUGCAGCACUGGCUGUUACAGUCAACCAGCUGAGCCAGAAAUCAAACGGAGAAAGCUCAAGGCUCUGACCAACCGUCCCAAGCCAGUCUCAGUGAUAGAUGCUUUUUCUGGCUGGUGCAAUGAUAUUGUGAGCUCUGCUCAGAGUUUUAUUUCCUCUACUUGGACCUUCUAUUUGCAGGCCGAUGAUGGGAAGGUAGUUGUCUUUCAGAGCCAGCCAGAGACUGAGUACUCCCUGUCCGAGUUACAGGCUGCUCACUCCAGGGUUGCAUACAAGCCCUUGCCCCAGGUCAACACUUAUACACAGAGGAUCCAUACUGGAGGGCACUUGUAUGGGGAGAGGACUGUGGCAAAAUCUGCAAGUAAGGGAAAACACAUGAGCCAGAAUUCUGAAGAUGGCAUUACUGAGCAUGACUUUCUCAGCUGCAUGUCAAGGCGUUCAGGUCUGCCCAGAUGGAUUUUAGCUGCUUGCCUUUUCUUGUCUGUAAUGGUAAUGCUGUGGCUAAGCUGUGCCAGUCUGGUAACUGCACCUGAACAACACAUCAAGCCUCAGCUGAGCAUCAAUGGAGAUAAAGAGUUUCUGGACAACAUGACCAAGAUCAACCCUUACCAUCUGACUCCAGUGAUUGCUGUGGCAGUUGGUCAAUGUAAUGAGGAAAAAGAAACAGGACCGCUGCCAGUGAAGAUUGAUCUGAACAAAACAUCAAUUUAGAGUCAUUGUAAUUCAAGGGUAGUCAAGGGUAAAUGUUUUGUAAAAAAAAUAUUGAAAAGUGGGUUUAAGUCUGUUAAACCAGCAGACCAUUUUGAUAUAUAUAUAACUUGCAUGGUACAUACAUUAUAUAUAUAUAUGAAGUCUUGUGACUUCAUAGAAUGAAUGAUAUAUACGUUAAACAGCUUUCCAAUAACCCAAUAAUUUUUCUUCUUUGUCUGAAGAUAUGUAUAUUCUAAUCACUAAUAGCGCUACUUCUGAAUCUGUUGGAAUAAACAGGUAUAUUUUCCGCCAAGCUUUGAAUACUGCACCCAAGAGGUUACAUACAAAAAAAGACUGUCACAAUUUACAGAUUUACAGUAAAGAUGAACAUGUCCUAGGUGCUCACAAAGAUUUUAUGCAUUUAUCAACAGAGUAACAAAUAAAGAGCUUUUAAGGGGAUCCUGUCAGAAACUCUUACAAUCAAGAACAAUGAAAAACAGACAAUAAAUGAAUCUUCACAGUUUGUACACUUAAUUAAAAGAUUUUCACAGCACACAUUUAAUAUGUUCUUUAAAAUAGAAUGUCUUACACCAUGACAGUAUUUCACUUAUUACAAUAAAAAGGUCAAAUAGUUUAACCAGUUUUCUAUCUCUGCUUAGAAAUUCCUUCUUUUUGGAUAGCAGAGUUUGCCAUUCUUACUUAAAUGUUUAAAUACUUGAUAGAAUUAUUAGAGCAUGAUGCUGUGAACACACAUGUAGUUAUUUGUCUUAUUGUUAUGUAAAAUGUAUAACUAUUGUAUAACCAAUGUAUAAGGUAUCAUUUCUAAUUUAGAGGCUACCAGAAAUGUUGUUGUGACUAUAUACACAAAGUUUCUCACAAGGCUGGUGAGGUGGAGUGGUACUUUGUUAAAAAGUAAGAACGUAAAAUUUUUAAUUAUCUUGGGAUUGUUUGUGUUCUUAUAUAAUCCACAGUAGAAUAUAGGAUGAGUUUACUACUUGUAGUUAGUGCUAUGCAAACAUAACAUUGUAACAAGCUGUAGAACCCUGCCAAAGUCCUUUUAGUUCAUGUAAGUCCUGCAAUGCUAUAUUAUCCAUGCAGCUAUAGUAGCGUUGCAUUCUUGCAUGCUACUUAAUUUGAGGGACAACACUACCACCCCCCUCCCCCUUUGUCUUUUUUUAAAUUCAGCUGCUAUAAUGUAAUGAUAAACAGGGCAACAGAAUAAAGAUGCCAAUACAAGCCAAGUAACUUGCAAGUAAUAGUGUCAAGUUUUUAGCCUGCAGUAUUAGACCAAGUCAUAUCUAUAAAAUAGUCGUAUCAGUGAAAUAAACAGUGGCUUGUAUUACAGUGGCUAGAAUUAGCGUUUUUAAAUGCUACCCUAGAAUUAGGAAGCUAAUUAUCAGCUAAUAAAAAUUUAUCUAUAUCAUUUAAACUUACUGUAGUGCACGAAGAGAUGCAGUGGCUGUGGGAUUUCAUACCAACUUAGUUCUAACUUUACCUGAAAAAACUAAUCAGUAGUUUGAAGACCAAGAAUAACCGAUUAAACAAAUGAAAUUUGUUUAAGCUUUUGGCUGGUUGCUUAGAAAACAACAAUUUUUUUGUGAAGAAUAGUUAGUUUGACCAACUUAUACAAUAAAGUGCCAGAUGCAGAUGAAAAACAUAGUGUAAACAUAGGGAAAAAAAGUAGUGUCAACUUUUUUUGUAAGAUAAAAGCAAAAUUAAACUAAAGUGUCAAAUGUUUUUGGCACAUUGUGAACAAUCUGGUGUUUCCUUACCUCCCCUAUUUCAACAAUUUUAUGUUACUUUUAAGCUUUGCAUUUAAGGAUUUAAAGAAGUUUAAUAUGCAGUGUAAUUAUUAGUGGGUAUUAUUAUGAGGAAAAAUAAAUCCUAAAACACAAUCUAGGUUUAAGCAAAAUUACUGCUGUAUCAGUAAACUCGCUUGUAGAGGAUAAAUGACAAAAUGGAUCAUAUGGGUUACAAUAGGCCAUGGUAUAGUUACAGUGUGCUGUGAUGUAUUACAAUUAAUGACCAAUGAAUGUAGAUAAAAGUAGCUUUACACCAAUAAACUGGAAACUGUUUGACUUUGAACACUUUAAUUACCUAAUCUAUAAUACAAGUUAAGAUUUUGAUGUUGUAAUCAAUUGUCUUAUGUGUGUUUACAGGGUUUGAUAUAGAAUUCAUAAAUUCAUACUUAUUAGUU